GCUGACGGAAACGCAACGCCGGGGGAGGAGAGAGGAUAAAGGAACAGACCGAAAACCACAGUGAAAACAACUGACAGUCUGGGUUAUAUGUUUCCCCAAGAGUCUGCGAGAUGUCCACGAAGGCAGAGCAGUUUGCCUCUAAGAUACGAUACUUGCAAGAGUAUCACAACCGUGUGCAACACAAUAUUUACCCAGUGCCCUCUGGAACAGACAUUGCAAACACACUGAAAUACUUUUCCCAAACCCUGCUCAGCAUUCUGUCCCGCACAGGCAGGAAGGAGAACCAGGAAGCUUCCAAUUUGGCCGUGCCCAUGACCAUGUGUCUUUUUCCUGUGCCAUUCCCACUCACCCCAUCUCUAAGACCACAAGUCAGUUCCAUCAACCCUACAGUUACUCGCUCCCUCCUUUACAGCGUUCUGCGCGAUGCCCCGUCAGACCGCGGGGGGCAGGGGCAGCAGAGUCGGGACGCUCAGCUCUCAGAGUACCCCUCUCUGGACUAUCAGGGCCUCUAUGUGACCCUCGUGACCCUGCUUGACCUGGUGCCCCUGCUGCAGCACGGUCAGCAUGAUCUGGGACAGUCCAUAUUUUAUACAACAACUUGCCUCCUGCCCUUUCUCAGUGAUGAUAUUCUCAGCACUUUGCCCUAUACUAUGAUCUCCACUUUAGCCACUUUCCCCCCUUUCCUCCACAAAGACAUCAUUGAGUACCUGAGCACAUCCUUCCUCCCAAUGGCUAUAUUGGGCUCCACUCGAAGGGAAGGAGGUGUCCCAGCCUAUGUAAAUCUGUCUGCUUCCUCUAUGCUCAUGAUUGCAAUGCAGUACACCACAAACCCAGUGUAUCACUGUCAAUUGUUGGAGUGUCUGAUGAAGCACAAACAGGAAGUGUGGAAGGACCUUCUUUACGUCAUAUCAUACGGACCAUCCCAAGUAAAACCUCCUGCCGUGCAGAUGCUGUUUCAUUACUGGCCCAACCUGAAGCCCCCCGGAGCCAUCAGUGAAUACAGAGGGCUGCAGUACACCGCCUGGAAUCCCAUCCACUGUCAACACAUCGAGUGCCACAACGCCAUCAAUAAACCGGCUGUCAAGAUGUGUAUAGAUCCUACUCUUUCUGUUGCCCUGGGAGACAAGCCCCCUCCUCUUUAUAUAUGUGAGGAGUGCAGCCAGAGGAUAGCAGGAGACCACGCUGAAUGGCUUGUUGAUGUUCUCCUGCCCCAAGCAGAGAUAUCAGCCAUUUGUCAAAAGAAGAACUGUAGCUCCCAUGUUAGGCGGGCUGUGGUCACCUGCUUCUCGGCCGGUUGCUGUGGGCGCCAUGGCAACCGGCCUGUCCGCUACUGCAAGCGUUGCCAUGUCAACCACCACAGCAGUGAGGUGGGGGCUGCGGCGGAGACCCAUCUGUACCAGACCUCGCCCCCUCCCAUCAACACACGGGAGUGCGGAGCGGAGGAGCUGGUGUGCACAGUGGAAGCGGUUAUAAGUCUUCUGAAGGAGGCAGAGAUUCACGCAGAACAGCGAGAGUUUGAGAUGAACCGGCGCCGUCAGAUGGGCCUGUCCGCCUCCCACCACUCCCUGGACAACAUCGAGUUUGAUAACAAGGAGGACGACCAGCACGACCAGCGCCUCCUCAGUCAGUUCGGCAUCUGGUUCCUGGUGAGCCUGUGCACCCCCAAUGAGAACACACCUACGGAGAGCCUGGCCCGGCUGGUCAGCAUGGUCUUCCAAUGGUUUCACUCCACUGCCUACAUGAUGGAUGAUGAGGUUGGAAGCCUGGUGGAAAAGCUAAAGCCUCAAUUUGUCACCAAGUGGCUCAAGACGGUGUGUGAAGUGCGCUUCGACGUGAUGGUCAUGUGUCUGCUGCCCAAACCGGUGGAAUUUGCCAGGGUGGGAGGUUACUGGGACAAGUCAUGUAGCACAGUGACCCAGUUGAAAGAGGGUCUGAACCGCAUCCUGUGUCUGAUACCUUACAACGUCAUCAGUCAGCCGCUGUGGGAGUGUUUUAUGCCCGAGUGGCUGGAGGCGAUCCGCACUGAGGUGCCCGACAACCAACUCAAAGAGUUCAGGGAAGUUCUCAGUAAAAUGUUUGAUAUUGAGCUGUGCCCGCUGCCUUUCUCCAUGGAAGAAAUGUUUGGCUUCAUCAGCUGCAGAUUCUCUGGCUACCCAGCGUCUGUGCAAGAGCAGGCUCUGCUGUGGCUGCAUGUGCUGUCGGAGCUGGACAUCGUUGUGCCUCUCCAGCUACUGAUCGGGAUGUUCUCCGAUGGAGUGAACUCUUUGAAGGAGCUGGCCAAUCAGAGGAAGACACGUGCCUCAGAUCUGACUGGCAACACUGGGGCUCGCAGGGUGAGUGUGGUGUCAGAUCCAGGACGCCGUGGGCAGCACAACACGCUCAGCCCAUUCCCCAGCCCCUUUAGGAGCCCGUUCCGCAGCCCCCUGCGCUGCAGCCCCUUUAAAAACCUGGGUCACGCCGCCGGCCACUGUGCCCUGGAUCUGGAUUGUGAUGAUGACGACAUGAACCUCGGUUGCUUCAUCCUCAUGUUUGACCUCAUCCUGAAGCAGAUGGAGCUCCAAGACGAUGGUGUGAUGCUGGGUCUCGACAGCAGCCUAGGGAAGGAUAUUGUGGGCAUUGUCAACAACGUCUUCCAAGCUCCGUGGGGGGGCUCGCACACCUGCCAGAAGGAUGAGAAGGCCCUGGAGUGUAGCCUGUGCCAAUCCAGCAUCCUGUGCUACCAACUUGGCUGUGAGCUCCUGGAGAGGUUGACCCCCCGGGAAGAGAUACGCCUGGUGGAACCCACGGACAGUCUGGAGGAAACUCUGCUCCUGCCUCAGAUGGAUUUCUGCAUCGGGGCAGAGAUUAGGAAUGAGGGAGGGGACAACCCAAGUGGCACACACACUGACAACCCCAGUAACCCCUCCCCUGAUGAUGCAACCAUGAAGAAUAACUUUGACAAGAAAUUCUCCUACCAGCAGCUCCCUGUGUCUCUGAAGCUCAUAUACACCGUCCUGCAGGAAAUGUCCAAGUUUGAGGAGCCUGACAUCUUGUUCAACAUGCUGAACUGUCUGAAGAUCCUGUGUCUCCAUGGAGAGUGUUUGUACCUCGCCAGCAAGGAUCACCCCCAGUUUCUGGCCUACAUCCAGGAGAAGAUGCUCAUCCCGUGUCUGUGGUCCAUGUUGAAGUCAGAGUUUUGCCAGUUAGCCUCCCUGGCUGUACCCCAGCUCCUGCACGCCCUCUCUUUAUCCCACGGGGCCGACAUCUUCUGGAACCUCAUCAACUCAAACUUCAACAGCAAAGACUGGAAAAUACGAUUUGAAGCAGUUGAGAAGGUGGCGGUGCUCUGUCGGUUCCUGGACAUUGGCGCGGUGACGAAAAACCACCUGCUGAAGUAUUCGCUGGCCCACGCGUUCUGCUGCUUCCUGGCAUCUGUGGAGGACGUCAACCCGGCCGUGGCCACCCGAGCCCGCCUGCUGCUGGACACAAUAAAGAGGCCGGCCCUGCAGGGCUUGUGUCUUUGCCUGGACUUCCAGUUUGACACUGUGGUGAGGGAUCGACCCGUCAUUCUCAGCAAACUCCUCCUGCUACACUUCCUGAAGAAAGAUAUUCCUGCUCUCAGCUGGGAGUUUUUUGUCAACCGCUUUGAAACCUUAUCUCUGGAGGCCCAGUUACACCUGGACUGCAACAAGGACUUCCCUUUCCCUACAACCAUCACAGCAGUACGAACCAAUGUGGCCAACCUCAGCGAUGCGGCAAUGUGGAAGAUUCGUCGGGCCCGUUUUGCCAGGAAUCGGCAGAAGAGUGUGCGCUCGCUCCGUGACAGUGUGAAGGGAGGCCACGCUGAGUCCAAGCGGGCGUUUUCGCUCCCAGAGUCCCUGUGUAACCGAAUUCCUCUAAGGCUUACGAGGCAAGAGCAGUCUGCCCCGACUCUGGGAGAUAUGAUAGAGAAAACGCCGUCCCCCGAGGACGAUUCUACCAUCAAAGACCUGCUUCCCGAGGACGCCGGCAUAGACCACCAGACGGUUCACCAGCUCAUCAUGGUGCUGAUGAAAUUCAUGGCCAAAGACAAGAGCAGCGCAGAGGCUGACAUCGGCAGUGCCAAGGCUUUCAAUACGGUGAAGCGUCACCUGUAUGUGCUGCUGGGAUAUGACCAACAGGAGGGCUGCUUCAUGAUCGCACCGCAGAAGAUGCGCACCUCGACCUGCUUCAAUGCCUUCAUCGCUGGAAUUGCACAAGUGAUGGACUACAACAUUGGUCUGGGGAAGCAGCUGCUCCCUCUUGUGGUCCAGGUGUUGAAGUACUGCACGUGUCCCCAACUGAGACACUAUUUCCAGCAGCCGCCUCGAUGCUCUCUGUGGGCGCUGAAGCCUCACAUCCGACAGAUGUGGCUCAAAGCCCUGCUGGUCAUCCUGUAUAAGUACCCUUCCAGAGACAUGGAUGGCAGCAAAAUCGUCCUCCACCUAAUCCACAUCACCAUCAACACACUCAACGCCCAGUAUCACAGCUGUCGGCCUCACGCCACCGCAGGACCCCUCUACAGCGACAACUCCAACAUGAGCCGCUACAGUGAGAAGGAAAAAGAAGAGGACAGUGUAUUUGAUGAGUCAGACGUCCAUGACACUCCAACUGGUGCUGCUAACAAGGAGUCACAAACCUUCUUCGCCCGACUAAAGAGGAUCGGUGGCAACAAGUCUGUGAAAUACCAGCCGGUGGAGCUGAAUGCCAAAAAAAGUGAAAUUGAGCUGUCAGAGUACCGCGAGGCCAGCGCCCUUCAGGACAGCAUCCUGCACUGUGUGAGGGAGGAGAGCACCAGGAAGAAGCGGCUGCAGGCCAUGCACAAGCAGAAGUCUCUGGACAUCUCCAACACAGACUCCAUCCUCUUCAAUCUGGAUGAGCACAGACGCAAGUCAUGCAUCGAUCGCUGCGACAUGCAGGUUCCCCCCGUUAUCCUGCCUCCUUCGUCUGUCACAUCCCACAGCAGACGUCAUGGCAAAGGAUCCUCUGAUGACUCUUCGGUGCGUGCGGAGGCCAAUGAUGGUGUGGACCGGCGAGGCUCUCGAGGCGGACACUCAGACAUCUCCAAAACUGUAAUUCCCGAGGUCCGUCUCAGCUUUAUGGAGACCUUUGAGGACAAGUUGGACCAGUGCUCCUUGUUGGGGUCAGUUCAGGGAAAAGAGGACCAGGACCUCAUCGACCUCUCUUCUGACUGCACCUCGAUUCCAGAGAAACACUCUCUGCUCUCGAUGUCCGACAGCGACUCCUUGGUGUUUGAACAACUGCCUCCUCUGAGGAUCGUUGAGAGUGAUGAGGAAUUCGACCUGAACACCCUCUUGAGCUCCAGGUUCAACGGGAGCCCGAAGGUCUCUGCUUCCCCUGCGAGCAGUAACACCCUCCGCAUGUCUCCAUUAGUCCAGGUCAGUGUGGAGGACUGCUCCAGCGAAAAAAACACCCCAGGCUUUCUGAUGGGAGAGAGCGGCUUGGAAAAGAUGACAAACCGUGUGACUCCCAGCACCUCCUUGGAUCUUCCCGACCGACUGGAUAAUGUCUGCCAUGAAAGCCCCAUGACUCUAAAGCAGAAAAGAGACCUGCUGAGGAAGACCCCGCAUAUCCCUGACACCUCAUUAGACGAAACAUCUGUGGCCCUUGACGAGCUGAGGAUCGGGACAAGUCCCUCUGGUAGGACCAUCUUCUUGGACAUCCCAGAAGACAAAGCAGAGCCUCCUUCCUCACCAGAGAAGAGCAAGAGUACCAGCAACGAUGAGGAGGAUGACCCUAAACCCGAAAAUGCAGACGACAAUGAAGAGGCAGAAUUUAAAAUCCAGAUUGUUCCCCGACAACGAAAGCAGAGGAAGAUAGCGGUCAGCGCCAUCCAGAGGGAAUACCUGGACAUCUCGUUCAACACGUUUGAUAAGCUCGCUGGUGAGCAGGCUACAGAAACAGAUCACAAAGUUCUGUCUACAUUGGAAAAGCCACGAGAAUCUGCCUCAGCCCCAACGCUUGAAGCUGCUAUGCCUGAAACGAGCCAUCGCUCUUCAGUAUCAACUCAGUACCGUCAGGUGAAGCGAGGCUCUCUGGGCGCUCUGACCAUGAGCCAGCUCAUGAAGCGACAGCUGGAGCAUCAAUCCAGCGCUCCACACAACAUCAGCACCUGGGAAACGGGUCCCACGAAAACCAGCCUGCUCUCUGCACCAAGCACAGUGAGCAUGUUCGUACCUGCGCCUGAGGAGUUCAUUGACGAGCAGCCUACCACGAUGUCUGAUAGGUGUCGGGACUGUGCGGCUGUGCUGGAGGAGUAUGACGAGGAGACGCUCGGCCUCGCCGUGGUCGUUCUCUCCAUGUUCGUCCACCUCAGCCCCGAUUUGGCCGCUCCAAUGCUCCUGGACAUCAUGCAGUCUGUGGGCAGGUUGGCAUCCAGUGCCAAUUUUUCUGGACAAGCUGAGAGCAUGUUGAUCCCAGGGAAUGUAGCAGGUGUAGCCAAGCAGUUCCUGCGCUGUAUGUUUCACCAGCUGGCCCCGAACGGCAUCUUGCCUCAACUCUUCCAGAGUAACAUUAAAGAUGGAAGUUUUCUGCGAACGCUUGCAUCUUCCCUGAUCGAUUUCAAUGAGCUCAGCUCAGUUGCGGCCCUCAACAUGCUACUCGAGGGCUUGAACAACAAGAAGAGUCUGCCAGCAGGGGGCACAAUGCUGCACUGCCUGGAAAACAUCGCCACCUUCAUGGAGGCCCUCCCCAUGGACUCUCCAAGCAACCUGUGGACGACCAUCUGCAACCAGUUCCAGACCUUCCUCACAAGACUGCCCUCUGUGCUCCCUCUGAAGUGCCCCAUGGAUUCCAGCCUGAGGAUUAUCAUUUGUCUGCUGAAAAUACCGACCACAAACGCAACCCGGAGUCUCCUGGAGCCCUCCUCAAAGCUGCUGAGUUUUGUCAUCCAGUAUGGCAUGUUCAGUCUCUCCUACCUCGUAGAACUGUGUGGACUGUGUUACAAAGGCUUCAACAAGGAGAGAGAUAAGUUCUACAUGUCCCGCAUUGUGGUGUUAGAGCUUCUGCAGGCUCUCAAGUUCAAGUCUCCUCUGCCAGACACAAACUUGUUACUGCUGGUCCAGUUUGUCUGUGCAGAUAUCGGCACACGUCUGGCAGAAUCCACCAUCAUCCAGAAGCACAUGAUCCUGACGCUGCCGGGGUGCACGACUGCAGCAAUGGAAUGCAUGAGGCAAUACAUAAGCGAGCUCCUGGACUUCAUUGCGGACAUGCACACACUCACCAAACUCAAAAGCCAUAUGAAGGCUUGCUGUCAGCCGCUGCACGAGGACACGUUCGGCGGAAACCUGAAAGUGGGCUUGGCACAAGUCGCCGCCAUGGAGAUCAGCAAAGGCAAUCACCGUGACAACAAAGCCGUGGUGCGGUAUCUGCCCUGGCUUUAUCAUCCUCCAUCCACCAUGCAACAAGGACCAAAGGAGUUCAUUGAGUGUGUGUCCCACAUCCGCCAGCUGUCCUGGCUCCUUUUGGGCUCUUUGACGCACUGUGCCCUGCACCAGGGCUCCACCUCCUGCAUGCCCAUCCCUCUAGACGCCGGCUCCCACAUCGCAGAUCAUCUCAUUGUCAUCCUCAUUGGUUUCCCAGAGCAGUCUAAGACGUCGGUGCUGCACAUGUGCUCCCUGUUCCACGCCUUCAUGUUUGCCCAGCUGUGGACCAUCUACUGCGAGCAGGGGGCCGCGGCUCCCUCCCUGCAGAACCAGAACCAGACAGAGUUUUCCUCCAGCGCCAUCCUAACCGGUCUAGAGUUCUGGAGUCGGGUUACACCCAGUAUCCUGCAGCUCAUGGCCCACAAUAAAGUUAUGGUGGAGAUGGUGUGUCUUCAUGUCAUCAGUCUGAUGGAAGCCCUGCAGGAGUGUAACUCAACCAUAUUCGUCAAGUUGAUUCCUAUGUGGCUACCCAUGAUUCAGUCAAACCUCAAGCAUUUAUCUGCAGGGCUUCAGUUGCGUCUCCAGGCCAUCCAGAACAGGGUGAACCACCAGUGUCUGCAGAGCCAGACGGCCGGAGCCCCUCCAUUCGCCCUGCGCAAGUGGCUCCAGUGCACCCAGUUCAAGAUGGCUCAGGUGGAGAUCCAGUCGUCAGAGGCUGCCUCCCAGUUCUAUCCCAUGUGAGCUCUCCUCUGGACACAUCGGCGUCGUCCCGGUCCUUAGACCUGCGUGUAUCUGCUCUGACGGAAACCUCCGACCAAAAAAAAGACUCCUACCUAAACUGAUGCUGUGUGCGAUUCAUUUGGACUGAGUCGUUCAGCAGCUUCAGUAUAAUAUCUGUACAGCAAAUCUAUGCUAUUUUGAAGUACUAGCACUGGAGCGGAUGAUUCAAGGUUUGUAGGCUCGUGUUGGUUAACUGUAUCAGGUGCCUAACUGUUGUUUUCAACAGAUCUGCAGAGUCAGUAGAUGACUGAGAGAAUUUCUAUACGCCCAUGUUUGUAACAGUGAGAGUCUGAAAGCAAACGUGUGUUGAACCUUAGAUAUGAUCACUCUGUAACAUUCAGAUUCUAUUACUUUUUAAG